AUGUCUAAAUUUUAUUUUUCAAUAUUAAAAAAUAUUGAGUCACAAUUUAAAAUCAAUCUAAGUCAAAUCAAUCAAUUUUUAAAUUCAUCUAACAUAGAUGGAUUUCAAAAAUACAAAACUGUGACUCAUUUAUGUAUUGGAGACAUCUAGAAUGCUAUCAAUAAAAAUUCAUCUUUUUAAUUAGAGGUUAUUUAACACAUUUUAAUUAUUUCAAGAAUCAAACCAAAUUUACCUUAUCAAUCAAUGAUUUUAGAUGCAAUCAUUCAUGCAACCAAAUUGUCUUAAUCAGAUAUUAUUUAAGAAAUUAUCAAAAAUUAUUAGUUUAAUCAAGAAGGUUAAAUAAAAUUGCUCAAAAUAUUAAGCAAUUGCAAUUUUAACUUAUAAUAGUUGUUACUUAAUAAUUUAUCUACAAUUAAAGAUUUAACAAAUGUUUAAGAUGCUCAAUUGAUUUUUUAAAUACUAGAAAAUUUGAUAAAAUUAAAUAAAUCAAAUUCAUUAACUGAAGAAAGUGUAGCUAAUUUCACAAAUCUUUAAUAUGAUUUUUGGUUGAAGAAUAAUUAUUAAUUUGAAGAUCAUUAAUAAAAAGAAAAUGUAUAAUUAGUUCAUUAAAUGAUUCAAGAUUUAAAAGAUAAAUUAGAAUGGUAAAUUAAAAAAGGAUAAAAAGUUUCAUUCAAUACACUUAUUCAAUAUAUUUAGUAAUUUAAAUAGACAACUGAAAUAUCAUUUGAUGAUAUAAGAAAAUAAAAUUAUUCAAAGAAGGAGGAAAUGAUUCUUUUUAAUCUAUUGAGAUGUUAAGAGCAAUUUGAAAUAAACAAAACUUUAAAUUAUAUCAAAUAAAAUCACUCUUUAUACAAUUUACAAUAUGUAUACAAAUUUUUUAGUAAUUAAUAAACAACUGAUUUGGAAUUAUUGAAAAUAGUUGAAGAGAGUAUUUAAAAUGAUAGAGUGAGGAUAUAAAAUUUACUUUAAUUUUAUUCAACAAUACCAGUUGAACCAACUUGGAAAAUAGCUUAGAUUUUAAGGAAUAUUUUAAUAAAAGAUUGGGACAGAUUGUAGAUAUCUGAAUAAUUAAGUAUGGUAGGAUAAUUGUUUAGGAUAGAGAGAUUGAUUUAAAAACCUGAACCAAUGGGAUAGUUUUAUAUUUUGGAUUCGAUUUUAAUAAAUAAAAUAGAAUAAAUGAUAUUAUAACUUAGAUUUUAAGAUUUGAAUUAGUUAGAUAGAUUAAAAGUCUAUUUUUUAAUGAAUUCCUAUUUUAGUAAGGAUUUAUUGUCUAGUAAGUAAAAUAUAUAUAAUUUUAGGUUAUUUUAAUACAUAAUAUGCUUUGUAUAUAUAGGCAUAUUUGAGAAAUUAAUUUUAAACACAACCUCGUAAUUAGAGUAAAUUAUAAAAAGAGAUUGAAGAGAGUUUAAUAAGGAAUGGUGUUUAAUAUGAGAGAGAGAUUUUGGUAGAGAAUUGUUUUGCUGUAGAUUUUAAAAUGAAGAAUACAAUAAUAGAAGUGAAUGGUCCAUAUCAUUAUUGUUUAAUGAUAGGAGAGAGUUUGCCUAAUGAUGCUAUAUAGAACAUUAGUACAAAUGAAGCAAUUUAUGAAACAUUAAAAACAAGUUUGAAGGUAAAUAGAUGAGUGAAAAUAAUUAUAGACAAAGUUAUUGACUAAAAAGGGUUAUAGAGUAAUAAAUAUUCCUUAUUUUAAAUGGAAUGGAUGGUGUAUUAGUAAUAAACAAGACAAAAUAAUAAAUGAUAUGUUAGAAGGAAUAUCAUUAAAAGAUAGUGAAUUGUUAAGUAAAAUUUGA